CCGACUUGCACAGUUGGAAAAAAGUAAUCUCAAGACUCACGGCCGCCGAUCAUGAGAACCACAUUCUACCCAGAAUUUAUUAAAUGUAUUUUAAUUUCGACUCUUGCGAUUUGUACGAUUGCUUUGCCCCAGGAAGAAGAUUAUGAAAGUGACGAUGAUGGAGACCUGGGUCUGGGACCACCUGAAAACAUAGCAGAGCGAACCACAUCUGGGCCAGAAAAAAAAGACAAAUUUUUGAGUCUGAGUGGGUCUAAUACGUGCGGCAUGCGUUCAAUGGGUCAGGAGGUUUUUCCCAUCAACAAAACUUUCCAAACACAAUUCGGUGAGAAUCCCUGGAUGGCGGCCAUUUAUGCCGAUGGGAUAUAUGUAGCCGCAGCCACUUUGAUUCGAAACGAUGUGGUGAUCACUGCUGCGUAUCCGAUUGAGAAUACACCGCAGGGUCAAAUUUCUGUGGAAGCUGGCGAUUGGGAUCGACUGAGAACGGUGGAGAGGAAACCGCACCACAGCCGUUGUGUUAGUAACAUCGUCUUCCAUGAGCAGCUGGCCCUCAUCUUCCUGGAUGCACCGUUCUUUGGCACACAUAUUGCUUCCAUAUGCAUGCCUCUUCCGGAGUCUGUUUUCAUCGAAGACGCCUGCCGGACCAUUGGGUGGGGACAACCCUCCUCCAGUUCAGCCUCCUCCGACCAAUCGGAUAUCCUGUGGUUCAGAAACUACGCCGUCAUGACUCACGAGGAUUGUCUCGCUGAAGUACCACCAGGUUCGUAUUCAGAUACGAAUGUUCUUUGCGGCGCUGAUUUGUUCAACGAGUUCAGUCCCCACAAUGUUGGAGGAGGACUUUUCUGCUUUGUUGGGCGAUACGUCCUGGCCGGACUCGCAUUAUCGGGCAAGGACUGGAAACCAGAUACUAGACCCGCUCGAUUUCUUAAUAUUUCUCCAUUUGUGCCCUGGAUCAAAAAUGAAUUUGUUUUAAGAAACUUAACUCUUUAAAAUAUUUUUCCAUAUUUUUAAAAAUUUUUGUUUAGGAA